AUGACCUCAUGUCUCAACUUCAGUCAAAAGGUCUCGGAAUGCGAGUCCAUCAUCGCAUACGAGUUUAGUUCCAAGACACUCUGCGCAGAAGCGUUGAACAGAGCUGCAGACUGGAACUGUCUGAUCCUCAUCGAUGGUUCUACCAAAUGGAUGCCCAAGAACGACCGUCUCGCCGUUUAUGGCGAUUCAGCGGCUGCAUUUCACUUGUGCAACCUUUGGAUCAAGCGAGGACUCUCAAACCAUUGCUGGACUACGAUCCGUGGCGAUCUAAUUAGUAACAGCAACCUCGCUAGAAUUGGCAAGGAGCGUGGUCUUGAUAAGUGCAUCAACAUGAAUGGAGGAUCUCGUCCCCCCAGUCCAGCAAUGGUUGCCACUGCAGUCGAGGCCAUUCUUGGGGCCGUUCAGAUUGACGGUGGUCACGAAGCUCUCGCUCGAGUCAUAAAUCAUCUUGGUCUCACGCAGCAUGCUCUCCUCGCAUCGGUAGUGUUCAACCCCCCCUUUGCAUAUGAUUGA